AGAGCCGUCGUCGAAAAUGUCUCGACAGGGCGGCCCCUCGUGCGAACGCUAGCAAAACACCUCCUUUGCCCGUUCACGAACCCGCGCCGCUUCUUCGCGACGCGACCCGUCUUCGUCGUCUGGACCGUCUACGCGGGCACGUAUUUCACGGCCAACGUAAGCGAGACCGUGAUAGAACGGUUCUUCCACCCGGACCGGAUGGCGCUGACGGGAACCCUCGUCUCGACCGCCGUGUUCCUCGUCAACACGCCGCUGAGCGUCUGGAAGGACGUGCGCUUCGCUCAGUUCUUCGGCAGACGCGCCUCUGCCGCCGCCGCCGCGAGCCCAAGCCCGAGCAGCCGGGGUUCGAGUUCGGCGGCGAAUAGCCGAGCACUGGUCCCCCGCGGCAUGCCGGUGUCGGUGAGCGCGGCGUUCCUGGCGCGCGACAUCAUCACGGUAUUCGGCAGCUUCGCGCUCGCGCCGCAGGUCGCGGGGCUCUUACCCGACAGCGUGGCGCAGACGGCGCAGGCGAAAGCCGACGUGGCGCAGCUGGUCGUUCCCGCCGCGACGCAGGUCGUGGCCACGCCGGCGCACCUGCUGGGCCUGGACCUGUUCAACCGGCCGGACACGAACGGGAUCGCGGAUCGGAUCGGCGGCGCGAGACGGAAAUUGCUGUCUACGAUGACGAUGCGGGCGGUUAGGCUUGUGCCGGCGUGGGGGGUGGGGAUUAUUUUGAAUAAUCAUUUACGGGGUUCUUAUAGAGAGGGUAGACCGGGUGUUUUAGAGUAGAAUUUUGAUAUAAAACAUUAAGAAUUUGAAAAUAAGAGGCUUGAUUAUUGAAUGAAUGGAUGAAUGUAUGGAAGACCUUUCCUUACAAAGGGCGAUAGCCGUAGCAUCCGCCACCACGCCAAAUCACUUUCACA